AUCUCCUUCGACGUCACGUCCGCUCCCUGCGAUGCAAACUAAACAAAUGGUGGUCAUCAACCAGCCACAGCCACAUGGCCACUCGUCCGAGAUCUGUUGACCCAACCCGGACUACUCCACUCAUUCAACCGCCCGUAAAUUGGAAUGGCCCGACCAUUUCCGGCGGACUCAAGCGAGCUUGAAGCUACUUGUGGCCGCGGCGAGUGGUAGCAUAAUUGUUCCUUCCGCUGCCCGCAAACCCACUCCCCCCCAACGCACCCAACUGCCCUCCUCUUGCUAUUUCUAGCCCCCCUCUCCGCUUACACUUCCGCCCGCGCCCGGAUCGAGAAGAAGCGUUCCUCCGGUUGUUUGCGUGCGUGAUGGCGAAAGAGUACCAAGGUGAAGAGCUUUGGCUGCCCUCUCACUUCCUCUGCGAUGCCUUCUUCCUCGAGGGAGGACCCAAGAACGGUGGGGAAACCGUCGACGACGUGGCUGGGCUCGCCCAGCAGAUGGCUCGCUAUUUCCUUCCUUGCGCCCACGAGGACGCCCCCGUUGCGGCUCCGGAGCAUGCUAAGGCCAUGGCGCGGUCGCCGCAGUCCACGCUCUGCGCGUGGUCCACCUCUAACAAGGGGAGCCCCAACGGCCCCUCGCUAGUGUCGUCGCCGCCGUCCUCGUCCCCGCUGGCGCAGCGCAGCAAGGACGACCCUUGCGACCUGCUCUGUGAGGCGGCGGACCAGGUGAUGCUGCUAAGACGGCUCGGCGAUCUCGGCCGUCACCGUACCGUGUACGACCGUGGGGUCCUCGGUCCGCCGAGGCUGCCCUUACCGGCUACGUUCGCGAUCUCGAGGAACAUCGAUGACGGCUACGACGCCUCCACGCCGGUUUUCACCCUUGAGCAACUGCAAGCAGCUCGAUUUUACCACCUAAAGCGUCAGCAAACGAUGAAUCAGCAGUUGUCGGCGGCAUGGGGGAGGCAGAGCAAAGCCAGAUGUUGCGGUGGACGGGACGGGGAGGGCCGGUGCGGGUGGCCUUUGGAUCUGUCGCCCUCCGCGUGGCCGCCACUUCGAGAGCCACAGCUGCCGAAGCAGCGACCGCCGCAACCAGUGGCCGGAAUGCGGACCGUGUUCCUCGACGGCUCCCACGCGCGGAAGGAGCCCAUCGGCACCGGCGUGUUCCUUCCCCGGUCCGCCUGCAACGUGCUCGACCCGAGGAAAACCACUGGUCGUCCGACCGCGCUGGUUCCUGCGAGGAAGGUUCAAGCUUCGAGCCUGAACCUAGAGGUGUUAGCAGGACGGCCGGACUUCCCUGGUCGCCUUGUGGUCGGUCAUGGUAAUUACUGUCCUGAUGCGUUUGUGUCCGUCGAUUGCGUGCGUAAUUAUCUUUUCGUUUGUCCGGCAGAUGCUCGCAUCCGUCCAAGCAGCGCGGUGCCAUCGCAUCAGACCAAGAAGCACCACCGCCUCGGAGCCCAGCCGACCGCCGCUGCCGCAGCAGCAGUCGUGGCCCACGAGGUUGGACUCCCCCAGGAGUGGACCUAUUGACUUGCUUGCGAUUCACUCUUGAUGUUUUGCGCCAGCUCUUAGCAUAGCGCGUAGGAGAGAAGGAAAAGAUUAGUGUAUUAAUAGGAGCAACAGCGGUAGGGAAGGAGGCGGCAGCGUAGGCGGAAAUAAUCGUCAUGGAUGUGUCAUUGUGGCGAAGAAUCAGUGUGGGAUCGGUGUUUUGCGAUAAGAAAUUAACAUCCAUCCCUCC